GUGUAUACACUCGGAUUGUUGUAGCUUCGUCUCAAUUUUCGCUCGUAUUUUUGCGUGCUACGCGUGAAUUUUAUCGAACGGUUCAAUAAAAUCGUCCUAAAAUGGAAAAGCAGUCAAAAAAACGGAAAAAGCAUUCGUCGCCCGAUGUGGCGAAGUCCCCUAAGAAGGUGAGAUUUUCUCUCGUGGUAGAUAAGGCUCCUGACUCACUAUGGGACAACGAUACAGCAACAUCGUCGGAACCUGAUACCGGUUUGGUCAGUUUGCGGGAAAGCAUUAGUGUUUGGAUGCAGGAGCAGACGGAGUCUAAUCAAGAAGAUCUGAGUGAGCUCUUGGAACAGGGUGAUACCUUGGAAACUCGCGAAGAAGAUAUUGAUAUAGCAUCGAUAGAGAGACCCAUAAGAGAAGCACUACGCGGCUUUACGGAAAAAGAGAAACGCCAAAGCAUCAAGUUGGAAUGCGAAUGGCGCAAAUGUAAAUACAUGACCGGAAACGAACGUAAAUAUUUUCUUCACGUCGAAGCGCACGCUGAAAAAACGAUGGAUAAGCAGAACGAAAGCUAUGCCUGCGAGUGGGAUCUGUGCGAUUUCAUCACGCAGGACGGGGACGAAUUCAUUGGCCACGUGCACUAUCAUGCGUACCACACGAAGCUGAAGGUUCACGGUGCCAGUCUACAUAUGCUAAUGAAGAUUCCCAGCUGCAACAAUGACAGCCGUGUACGCAAUACCAUCACCAACCGGUCGGUAACGUUCCGGUGUCAGUGGGAUGGUUGUGUCGAACGCUUCAAUAAAGCGAUGAACUUCUUUCAUCAUGUAAAGAACCACGUAACGGACGGGUAUGAACCGGGUACAAAGUCAAGACGUGCUCCGCUCCCGUGUCGAUGGCCACUCUGUAAGCGAUCGUUUAAGAAUAUGGCGUUGGAAUUGCAACACGUGAAAACGCAUACAACCGAGCGUGAAAUUGGUUGCUACACCUGUGGCGGUCUCUUUUGGACGCGUGUAAAGUUAAUCGAUCAUUGCGCACGACAGAUUGAAAUGGCUCAACGCAAGUAUCAGUGUCCCGAAUGUGACCGAAGCUAUGCUACAAAGACAUUGCUGAAAUGUCACGUGGAGCGUCACGAUAAGCCGAAUAAAUGUGUGUUAUGUCCCCUCAAAUUCAGCAGUGCCGGUGUCCUAGCGCAGCACAUGGCCCAAAGGCACCUUAAGCAGCGUAACUUCCAAUGCCAGCGGUGUGAAUUCAAAGCGUUCACCAAUAAAGAUCUAAUGGUCCACAUGAGAAGGCACGACGCGACGAAAGUGUUUCGAUGCGAGGAAUUUGGAUGCAAUGCCGCCUAUAAGUCGGAAUUAAGCUUCAAGAAGCAUAUCAGUUGGCAUUACAAUCUGCCAGCGCCGGUGUACGCGUGUCAUCUUUGUAACUUGAAACGUUACAGCAACGCGAACUUACUAUCGAAGCAUUUACUGUUUGUGCAUAAAUUGGAACGACCUCCCGGUAUGUGCCGAUUCCGAUACAAAAUGGACAGUGACGGUGUGUUUCGGCAUUUUUCGUAUGUUGAACAGAACGCGAAAACGGCGAAAAUGAACGAAGCGUCGAACCAUACAGCGGUCCCAACCGAUAACGGUAAAGCUGGGAACAACGUUGAGGGUGAGGGUGUCAAAACGAGGAAAUCAAAGCGUAAAUCUGAAUUAUGCAAAGCUAACAACAAAACAGCAAACAACGCAGCUGUGUAUUCUCCGGUUGAAGGAAUACCAAAAAUCAGUUCUUUUAAACCAAUUGGUUUGAAUAGGUUUUCCGUCGAGUUAAAUAUCGAACCGGUGCCGAAGAUGAAGCAGGGUACAACAAUAGACUCACUAGUUGCUGCUGCUUCUGUUGCCAAAACGCCGAAAGAUGUGAAGGAUUUUACGGUUAUGAAGCGUUAUUUGAGCGGAGAAAGAACCUGCUGAAGCUAUUUUUAAGGUAAUUUGGGCGACUCGGUGGCGUGAUGGCAGCGGCUCCGAACUUUAUACGAACGGACCGGACCAAUCCCCCGUACGCAGGACUGACGAGCCAGCUACGGGUAAAUAAAGUCACAGAAAGCCAGAAAUGGCUGACCUAGACCUCUUGAGGUUGUGGAUAAGGAAGUUUUUUAAGGUAAUAAAAGCUACAUGGAUUGAAUAA